AUGCAGGUGGCUAUCAGGGAGGCAGAUGCUGCGCUUUCGGAGAUUGUCGAACUGAUAUUAAACUAUCUACAUCCCGACGAUAACGGCACCGCCGCUGUAUCCAAGCCGGGUUAUGCAUUGGAGCUCUACGACGCUUUGCUCAAUUGGAAAUACGGGCUUCCCGAUGAAUUGCGAUUUGAGCAGUCUGUGCUGCCGUCCGUCAUUGCUUUGCACAUGACUCUCCUACGUCCAUUUACUCAUAUGACAAAACAAGAGUUUGGCCGAUUCAGCCCUCGGGAGCGAUGUGCCGCACAUGCCAGCCAUCUGGUGUCGACGGUCUGGUCAUUUCGCGCCCAUGGCCAAGUCCGCUACGAGUACUACCUCGCUUACGCUCUGGGAGCCGCUGCCUACGUCCUGUUGCAAGAGCCAGACGCGCCUGUGCAAAUGGACUCGCUGGUCCGUGCUUGUCAGUGCCUCUUUGAGAUGCACCCGACGUUGCCGCCGGCGGCCGAUACUCUGAGCGGUAGCCGUGCUGCGUUUAGGCUGUAUAGGCUGGCGGUGCCAAUGUACAUGGUGAAGUAUUUAUAUCGGGUGCAUCAUAACGAAGCUGGCGUGUUGCAUCGUACUGUAGCUGUGACAGGCUUGCUACCCGUUGCUGGCGGCAAUGACAACGAGGCUAAGCGAGCUGAUUUACAGCUUGAGGAGCUUAUGAGGGACUUUGGCGAUGUUGAGAUUCACUAA